CGCUAAAAGUAGUGGAAUUACAGUAAUGCGUUACUUUGUAAUGCGUUACUCCCAACACUGGAAAUCAGUGAAUUGUACAUUGUAACCAAGUCUGUCUUUCAGUCCCUUCUUCAUUUAUUCCCCAGACACAUACUAUGUAUGAAUGCAACCACUCGUAAGCGUUUUAAUGUUUCCUGUGUCACACACUUACAGGUGGCCCUGUUCCGCUCCAUUUAUUAGGGAUCCAUUACAGAUCAUGUUCAUCAUCACUAGCAGGGCAGAACUGGUCAAGGGAUUACCUCAAUAUGUCCAUGGUAUAGUGUGAGUGGGACAACACUGUGGGCUUACGAGUGAGCAUCCUGUAAAUCAAUACAAUGAACUGACCGGAUUUGACUGUUGACCUUUUGAAUAACUAAAACUACACUGACUGAAUGAAUGUCAGACAACAGAUAUGUGGGUUUGUCCUUCUGAGAAUGACAAUCAGCGUUAUUGUCCAAAAUAAUUAGGCACACAUACGACUAGUUUGACAAUGCAGCGAUGACAUUUGUUGUGGACAGUUAGGUUAAGCGGCAUUUUAGCACAAAUAGAAAGUAUGUCGUGACAUUGGAACAGCCAAUUGGAAUCGAGCCAUAAUUAUAUAUUUUAUUUGGCCCUUUGGAUUUAUUCACUGUUAUUAUUAAUAUGUGUCAUUGUUUACCGGCCACCCAGUCAUCUGAGUGAAUGUGAUGCAAGCGUUUCCUUUUUCGAUUGAUGGAUUUCUUUUUACGCUGUAAGAACACAGAGGCAUCAUCAGUGGCUGAGCGCACAGGCGGUGUAUGGUGUGACGUUAGUAAUAGCUUCAUAUAAUUUAGGUGAUCCAAAUACAGCCACUGUCUUGGUGUUGUGCCUGUUUUUUUCACUUUAAAGUCUUUCAUGGGCCCUUAAAUGUAAUGAAUGUAUCAGUGUGCCGCUUCAUGGUGCUGAAGCAGCUCCCUCCCUGCAGGUUCAGACCAGGUGGCACCAACGAAAAAACACAUUCUUGUGAAUAUGAAUAUGAAUGCGCAACAGAGAAAGAAAUGUUUCAGUAAAUGUGGUUUGGCACAAAUAGUAAAUAGAUCAUUAUUCAACAUGUGCUAUAAAAGUGAGGCAAUAAAAAAUAAUAAUAAUUAGAAGAGUUUUUUUCCCAGGAGUCUCCAUUUGAUGUAUUAUUUGGUCUAUAAUUUAUGUAAUGAGUUCCACACAAGUCCAAGUCCAUCUCUCACUCUCAAUAACUGCAUUUAACAAGCAGCUACAACAGCUGGCGACCCCGUCUGUGGACUUCCGUCUGUCCUCCCAGAAAGUCUUUAACUUCCCUGAACGCAGUGUGUGAUUUUGUGUCAUUGUGGGUAGAAAGUGAGUCAAAGAAUGUGUAGUGUAGUUUCAACAUGUGAAGUCUGUCACGUCAAACUGCCCCCUCCUAUACAACAAAGGAAAAAAAUGGUUGAGUUUCUCUCUCAACAAAGCCUGAAUAAUUAAAGUUAAAUACUUAAUUAAAUCUUUUUUACAGAGAAAUGGAGGAAAACACGCAAUAUCAAAGGCAUUCAGCACAUCUGAAGAAGAAAAAGAGAGAGAUAUGAAAGCAUUUUAUUACAAUACUUUUGAGGUAUGCAAAGAAAUAAGAAGAAAUAACAAUAAGAAAGAAAAAUAUUCAAUAACCAACAAAGAUUUCAGACAUCUUUGCACUUCUGCUCUAUAGUGAAUCACCCGUGAUAAAAAAAUAUAUGAGGGGAAAAAGGGAAGCGUAAGAAGUGAAGCAACUUUAAAACGCAGUGGCCGUAAACAAGAAAAAGAAGGUGUUGCCACAUGAGGUCUUGCACUUGCACAGCUUUAGUUUGCUUCACACUACAAACUACACCAACACAUUAGUCAUCUUCAAUCAGAAGAACGUUGCUCAUCAGGAACGAGAGGGACCAAAAACUUGCUCUGAAAAAUUACACGUGUCUCUCAAAGCAUCGUCUCAUGAAUACGUGAGAAAGCCUGAGCGGAAGCUCUGCGGCACUCAAAAGCAAACUGGUGGGACUGCAUGGUGAUGUAGGUCAGAUGUACAUGGGUUUGAAUUUUAAAAACUUGACCCCACUAAACUCCACAUCCUCCACUGAAUCAAAGACAUCACGCAAGUGACAAACCGAGUGGCUUCAGACAAACCGAGACUGACAAACCGAAAGUGCUCAAGACAGCAUGACACGGAGCGAGUGGGUAACUGAAAAGUGAGAGAAGGAAGUGUCCGCUUGGUAACGAUAACUAAAUUGGUGGGAAGUGUUGCGUGUCGCUCAUUCUCAUGCACAUUACUCUCUCUCGCUCUCUCUCUCUCUGUCACACUUUCUCUCUGUCAUCUUCAUUUCCUGCUCACAUUAGCUUGCUUCAAAAGUAAUAUUAGUGAUAGUUGGCAGCAGGCAAGAGGUCAGGGAGCUCAGUGCCGGCGGUGCAGACGAACAAUUUUCUUCUUCUCAGAAGGACUUUCAGGGGCUUGUGUGAAAACCGCCCUGUGCUGCUGGAUGGUUGACUAAGCUGUGUAGAAACAACCAUUGCACAUUGAAACCCAAGACCUACAGUCCUGGUUGAGUCUAGUCAGGUGGGAUGGCAGAGGGCGGCGUGGGUAAUUGCCCCCAGGUGUUUGUGGUGGACGCACAACCAAGCUACAUCUCCAUGCCCAGGGAGAAGGCGUCUAGAUGGGCAAGACUAGGCCAAAAUUGUCUUCUGCUGCUGGUGGGAGUCACCAUGUUGGGACUUAUUGUCGAGGGAUGCUUCAUCUACCGACUCUACAAAACAAUGGAGGUCUCGAAAUACCAUCCUGUCUGCCAGAAUCUGUCCCAACCCCAAACAUCUGGCCUACAGGGUGGCCCCAUAAUGAGUAACGUCGGAACUAAAGACACCAAUGAGAUUCCAACAGUGCCACCACAUCUGGAUCUGAUCCAAAACAGGCCCUUUGCUCAACUGAUAGGCGCCAUCAAACCUUCAGGCCAGAACAACACGGUGCUGUGGGAAAACAACGUCGCCGAGACCGUCACCCACAACAUGGGCUACAACAAUGGCCUGUUGUUGGUGGAGCAGGGAGGUUACUACCACCUCUACUCCAAACUGACCUUGCGUGCCGCAGAGAAGUCUUGUUCACUUAUCCAGCACAAGGUCAUGAAGAAGAUCGUCGCCUACGACAAACCUAUAGAACUUAUGAGUUCAAAAAGUGUCCGCUGCCGGACGCAGAGUUGUUGCGGUGAUAAGGCUUCAGGGGGAGAGGAUCUGUGGAGCAGUUUUCUGGCUGGGAUCUUCCACCUGCAGAGUGGAGAUAAGAUUUUCGUCACAUUGGAGAAUAUAAACACGAUACGUCCAGGACCUACUGACAAUCUCAUGGGGGCCUUUAUGAUAUUUCCUGGCAAUAUUCCGCUAUAAUGCCUCUCUACCACAUUGGGAUGAGUUUCAAUUUACCCCGUUUCCUCUGAUGAUUUUUUGUAUAUAUCUUAUAUAUAACCUAAAUUAUACUGUACUCCAUUAGUGUACUUUAACCCUUUAUGAAAAAGCAACAGAUGGUUGUGAAAUCAUAAAAAUGUAUCUGAUAUUCAGAUGAUAUAAUCCUACAUGUUGCAUUGUUUGUUGAGUAAAUAAAAUAAGAUUUCUUAUAAAACAA